UGUUUAUUUUGGCCAAUCAUUUUGCUCGAAUUUAACGACAACAAAGUGCGAAAGUUUAAAACUUUUAUCAACAAAAACAUGAAUCGAUAGUUUACAAAGCUGCUAAGGAAAUAACUUUUAGUCGCGUAUUUUUAUUUUAGUGUCAUCUAGUUUAUUAUAUUUUCAUCUAAGUAGUCUAUAAUUUACUUUUAAAAUGCCAUCUAAAUCAAAUAAUUCUAAUAGAGAUGAUAUAAUUUUAACGGUGCUCGCUGAGCUUAAAGUGUUAGGUGUUAAAGUGCCAAAACAUAAAAAAUUUAUCCAAAAAUUAGAAAUAUCCAAGCUUGAGAAGUCUGAUCAAGAUACAAGAUGUAAAAUAUUUGGUGUACACUUAUGUGAUCAAGAAUGGGUAUCUGAUGGUGAAUUUCUUAUACCAAAAUUUCUUGCUUUGUCAACUGCUUAUUUACAAAAAUAUUCAGGUAAAGAGAUAGGACUUUUUCGGAAAGCUGGAAAUGUUGCUAGGCAAAAGAAAUUACGAGUUAUAUUGGAGUUAGGUGGAGAUUUGGAAGACUGUGAACCAAAUGAUGUUGCAUCUCUUCUUAAGCAAUGGUUAAGAGAAUUGCCUGAACCAUUAAUUCCACUUUUUGUACAGGAUUUAUUGAUCAGAUGCUUGCAGUUAGAACAGGAAGAAAGCUGCGUUACUGCUUGCCUUUUGGCAUGUCUUCUUUUACUGCCUGAUCAUCUUCAUACAUUAAAACAUCUUUUGCAGUUUUUGCUUGGCAUUGCUGUCGAUAGUGCCAAAAAUAAAAUGGAUGCAUACAAUUUGGCUGUGAUUAUGGCACCAAAUGUUUUUUCAAUGCAGGAACCCUCUGAAAAAAAUAAGAAUAAUUUGGUCAAACAACACACAUCUUUAAUGAAAUUUUUAAUUGAAAACUGUAAUAAAAUUGGAGACAUUCCCUUUGGUGUUUCAUUGGACAAAUUUUAUGCUUCAUCUGAACUAGAUUCUUCAGCUGAAUUAUUAGAUUCAACAAACAAAUCAAAGAAAAAGGGCAAAAGUGGACCUGUGCAGGAUAUCUUCAGCGGAUUUAAAAAGCUAGUUGGACAAAAUGGAACUCCAAAUGCAAAAAAUAAUACACCUGAUCCCAAUUUGAAAACAUCUCGCUCAAGAUCCUUAUCCAAACGAAAAGCUGGAUCUGAAAUACAGCCUCUUUCUGCUGUAAAUAAAAAGCAAGCUCGCUCCUUGGAUGAUUUGGAUAAUCCUUCUUUAAAUGUAACCCCCAAAGAAAAAGACAUGCCUCCAAAUAACAAUGCUAGUGGUCAUGUGCGCCGCAAAUCAAUUGGUGCCCUUCUUCGCCGAAAAGAUAGAAAAAGAUUUAAGUCUUGUAAAUUAUCACAAGAACUUUCACAGCCAGAAAGGAAGUCACCUGCAUGUACCAAAGAAAAUAAACAAAAAAAUACGAAUCUAGAAUUGCCAAAAGAUGAACUAUUCCCGUCUUCUAAAGUUGAUUUACAAUCCAAAAGCAUUAAGAAAUCUGUCUCUGAUGGCCAGUUACCUUCAAACAAACCUGAACUUUCUGUGCAACAAGUUCUGUUUGCAUCAUCAUCUCAAGGAUGUCUUCCAGCAAAGCAACGUCAAACGUCGAGACAUAAUUUAAGAUCUCAGGCAUUAAGUAAUUCAGAAUUGGGGGAGGCAACUGUUUUAGAUGCAGGCUCGGAUGGAAAUAAGAAAGUAAAAAGGACAUCAAGCCGUGCAAAAGACUCUACUCUUAUGAAACACUUGUCUGAAGCAAGCACAGACAUAAAACAAAAUAUUCCCCAUCAUGGUAUGAUGUCUCAAAACAACCACAAAGUGGGAAUCAGGGACAAUGAAGCAAAAAGAGAUAGCAAAAUUGAUAUAAAACAGAAAGGCUGUGAAGAUAUUUCAAUUCCAAAGAGAAGAAGUCCACGUUUAUUGCCUUCAAACACUCUGAUUGUGAAACGGAAUGCUUCAAUCUCUAGAGAUCAGAUUAGAAAAAAAUCUAAGAAUGAUUCUUCUAUGAUUUUAAAUGCUUUUCAAAACGAUGGAGCCUUUAAUUAUGAUAGAACCAUACUAAAUCUUGGAAUGAAAAGGCAAGAAGCUUUCAUUGCAAAAUGCAAUAGAAAUAAUUUUACAAAAAAUAGCUCUGAACUUGAAGAAUCUGAGAGUAAAAACAAACAGCAUUUCAAUGAUUUAACACCAAAAUUGAGAGACCGUGCUAGUGUCAGCUCAAAAUCUGCCAGAAUCUCACAUAAUAAAAGAAGUAUUGCUGAUCAAAAGUGUAUGAAAAGGAGAACUAGGCAUGGCUCUCUAAUAAGAGGACGACCAAAUUCUGUAAAUAAUGGUCUUCAAUCACUACAUUCUAAUCGAAUUUAUAAUGAUUCUAAUGUUGUGCUCAAUUCUCCUACUUUAGAUUCAGCAAGUCAAGAAGAAAUGUUAAAAUAUGAAACCAGGAUUGCUGAAAGUCCUGUUCUUCAAAGUUUAGAUUUGUCUUUAACCACUUUAUUUCAAAAUUUUACAUUGUUUUCUCCUGAUAAUUUUGCACAGAUUAAUCCUAAUGAAAGAAUGUGUUCUGAAGACAAUGUAUCAAUUUUAAAACAAAAUGUUACACCAGAUGGAAUGAAGGGAAGACGAAAUAUCACUCGUCAAACAACAAAUAAAGACGCUGAAAAGGUCGAUUUUACACCAAAUAAAGUGAAGAAAGAACAAGGCGUUUUUCUGAUUACAAAAGAUGCUGAUAAUGUAACUCCUUUGCUGAAGAAACGUAAGAGAUUGUCUAGUAAGUCCGAAAGCAAAAUUCCACCUAUGAAGAAACGCUCAAAUCCAAAGCGUGUGAAAUCAUUUUCUUGUGAUGAAAUGAAGCCAAAGAUUUCAACUUGUGAAAGUACUUUUGAUCUUAAAGUUAACCAAAAGCAGAAAAAUGCACUUAAUCUUUCUACUACAUCAUUAAACUGUGAAAAACUUAAGAGCCCACUCAAUACUAGUGAGCAAAACAUGAAUAUAAGUUAUGGAAAUCAAAGGAUGAAUGACAGUUGUUUCAAAACUCCUGUAAACAAACCUGUUAGUCCAGAAUCUGAAGUAUGGAUGAGUGGUAAUGCUUUUUUGAGUAUUCUUUCUCCUCCCCAUGACGAAGUGUUCAACAAAAGAGAAAGUAUUGCCAUGAUUUUGAAAAACAAUACUGGCCAUGUUCAAGCCAAAGUUGAUUUGUAUGAUAAAGCAAAGAGUGUUCACUCCAAUUCCAGUAAAAAGAAAGGCUCAGAGAAUGCAAAUUUGCUACAAACACCCUCUCAACAAUGUUACUCUGCUAGGAAGGUCUAUAAUUCUAGAAAUCUGGGAUCUGAAACUAGAGGCAGCUCAGCGAAAAGCAGAAUCAAGUUUCAAAAGUCCCCACUACCUCCCCCACCAAAAUUUAUUUUGACCGAUCUCAAUACACCUUCACCAAAAGCAAUGCAAGCUUUAAAAGAAGUGACAAAUACUACACCAAGAAUUGAGGAAAUCAACAUUGUUUCUCCAAAGAAGUUUAAGAAAUCAAUCUCUCCAACACGAUGUACCAAGAGUCCUUGGCAGUUAAAGAAAGAGACUCCAAAACUGAAGAAAGGGAAGAGAAACUCUUUUUCAGGUACGAAUGCAUAUAAAUUAUCAAAGAGAGUUUCUAGAUCAGAGAGUUCUCCUGCUUGUCGUAGGAAAGUUGUUGUGAACGAGUAAAAAUUGUUAAUUGUUUACAUUUUGUGAAAUUAUAGUGGUUGAUUAUCAAGUUGCAUGUUUUGGGUUACACUAUAUACUGAUCAUUUAUCUGUUAUUUCUAAAUGUUGAAAAGGCUAUUAAAUGGAAUGAAUGAC